GAAUUUCACCAAUCCCAGAGCAUGGUUGUCUUCGCUGAAAAAUGGCUACUGCGGAAGUUGAAAAACAGCGAGGUCGCUAUGCUGCAAUCUCCAUCGCGGCAGUGGUGAUUGCGGUGGGUAUUCCACUUUGGUGGAAGACUACAGAGACCUACCGUGCCUGGCUACCCUACUCUCAGAUCAGUGAGCUCGACUCUAUGCAGCUCCAGCUGAGUGUGGAGGUGGAGGUGGUGUUCUCUAGGGGGACCCUGACCCCUGAGCAACAGAAGAAGGUUCCCCUGACCCAGUCUCGGGAGCAGCGCCACCAGGUGGAUGCAAACACGGGCCUGACGUACAGAUAUGAGACAAAGUAUCGUACAGCAACCAUCAUGGAAGAGGAUGCCCUGAGCCAACCCACAGCUGAAGAGGCAGAUCUCUCUUUGUACAGGCUGAGCGAGAGUCCAUGUGGUUCGGUGGUGGUGUACGUGAUCUCAGAAUCCUCGAGUCUGCUGGCAGAGGGUGUCAGGGUGUACGUGGGCCAGCGCCGGACAGCGUUGUUGAGGGGACAGCUAGGACAGGGUGGAGGCCUGAAGGAAGUUUUGGCCGCGCUGGACCCACAGAUUGAGCAGGUCGUGCAGACCAUGUCCUUCAGCCACAAAGACAUCACAGCUGCCCUCAGUGACAGGAUCCGAGGUGGCAGGUUGAGCAAAGAGGGCCUGGCAGACAGCAUGAGGUCAUUCAAGUCCAGCCCUGGUUAUGAGAUCACAUUUAGCCUCUUAAACCCUGACCCCAAGUCUCAUAACCUGCAAUGGGACAUAGAGGGAGCACUACAGAGUUACAUACAGCCCCUGUUGGACAAGCUGGCUCCUGUUGCCAACUUCUCAGUGGAUUCACAGAUUUUGUACUAUGCUGUCCUGGGCGUGAAUCCGCGUUAUGACAACAGUGUUUCAGCAUACACACUGAGUGCGGACAGCCUUGCUCACGUCAUCAAUCCUGUUGAAGCCAGACUGGGAUCCAAUGCGGCUUCAUCCAAUCCUGUGCUGAACUUCCUGCUAUAUGUGCCGGAUGCCCAUCACUCUCCACUCUUCAUCCGGGACCACAGUAGAAACACAGUGCCCACCAAUGCCUUUCAUAGCCCUCGAUGGGGUGGCAUCAUGGUGUACAAUGUGAACGAUCGGUAUGGGCGCGACGCCCAGUUUCCUGUCAGAAUUGACAUCGACAUGGCGCGAGUGAUGGGUGCCUUCCUGGCGCAGUUACGGCUCAUGCUGGGAGUGCAGCAGGCCCACCCUCCCCCAGGCUUCGUGCUCCAGGGCCCGGGCAGCGCGGGGCUGACGGACUGGGAGCUGGACCGCCUGCUGUGGAGCCGCAGCGUGGAGAACAUCGCCACCGCCAGCACUACCAUCACAUCGCUGGCCCAGCUGCUGGACCAGAUCGGCAACAUCGUCAUCAACGACAACAUCGCCCAGCAGGUGUACAGCGCUGUGACGUCACUGCAGGCUGCAGUGGCAGAGCUGGAGGCGGGAAACCUGGCCUUCGCGCUGCAGUACAGCCGUGAGGCCAUCCUGGCCUCGGAGAGGGCCUUCUUCGACCCCUCCCUGCUGCACUUGCUCUACUUCCCCGAUGACCAGAAGUUCGCCAUAUACAUCCCCCUCUUUCUGCCCAUGUGCGUGCCCAUUCUGCUGUCCCUGCUGAAGAUGGCCGGGGAACUCCGCCAGAGGCGCGCGGAGCAGCGCGCCAAGAGAGACUGAGUGGGGCUGCCGUGUACACACACACUCACA